CGCCCGGAACUAUUUUACUGUAGGAGCCGCUUCCGGAAGCUGUCAGCUGCUGAACACCGCAUCAACUGCGAUGAGUUUUGAGUGGCCCUGGCAAUACAACUUCCCACCAUUUUUUACGUUACAGCCCAAUGUCGACACGAGACAGAAACAGCUGGCAGCAUGGUGUUCCCUGGUUCUGUCAUACUGCCGGCAUCACAAGCUCUACACUCUGGAUGUCAUGGAGGCGCAGGAAAGCCUUGUGUUCAACAACAAGAAGAUAGAACGAAAACUYCCAGUGGAAGCAAUUCAAGUUGUGUUUGAGGAAUUAAGGAAAAAAGGCAACCUGGAGUGGUUGGACAAAAAUAAGUCACGGUGUUUAGUCAUGUGGAGACGACCGGAGGAGUGGGGGAAGUUAAUACACCAGUGGGUUUCCAAAAACGGCAUGGUCAACUCUGUGUUUACACUUUAUGAGCUCUCCAAUGGUGACGACACAGAAAGUGAAGAGUUCCACGGAUUAGAGGAGUGGAUGCUGCUGCGCUCCCUGCAGGCUCUACAGACAGACGGCAAAGCGGAGAUCUUCAGCAUGGACGACGGAAAAGGUGUCAAGUUCUUCUGAAAACGGUGCUGGGAUCACACACACUCUGACCGGGCGCCCUCAUAUCACACCUUAACAGACACAUUUUAAAGGCGCGCCUCGGCGCUCGGCCCGGCAGACGCUGGCUGUUUAAUUGUUGUUGUUGCCUUCUGGGUUCAGAGCCAGCUCUUUCUGGAAGAGAACCUUUACAGUCUGAGGUGACACUGUGUUUAUCGACAGGUAACGUUUGUUGCCAUUUAAAACAUGCAAUGAGUAUCAGGGGACUAAAUAAUAUCAUGUUUGAAUCUUAUAGGGAACUCCAUUGUUUGAGAUGCAACUAGUUUUAUUUCUGUUUAACCAAAUGUGUAAAUUAUCUCUGAACCUUUGCUUGGCUGUUGUUCCUCCGUUCCGGGCCAGACGUCACAAAGAAAUCGCAGAAAGCAACACCAGAGGGACUUUUAUUUUUAAAUUUUCAGAAUGCUUCCAGGAGAGGAGCGCCGCAGAGACUUCAGCCGAUGCUCAACUUGACUCGGCUCAGAGAAACAAAACUGCACUUCGGAUACAGAUUGCUGUCAUCCUGUUGUUGUUCUGUAUUUUCCAUAAUGCUCUUAUCUUCAUCUUUAUCUGUAUUCCUUUUUUUCCCCCAUAUCCUGUAGACAAAUAAAUUAGACAUUUAUAAAAAAAAAA